AUGGAAAAAGAGGUUUUGAGUUUACAAAGCAAUGAGACAGAUGAAUUAACAUUUCGAUCAAUUGAAAAUAUAUUGGUAAUAAUCGAUAAUUCUCCACUUUUUCAAUGGCUUCAAAAUCAUUCCAAACAUCUUUUGCCAUUAUUUUGUUUUGUUGGAAUUCUUGGUAAUGCGAUGGCUUUGAUUUUAAUUCGAACAAAUUUUUGGUUGAAACGAUUGAAUUCAAAUAUUUAUUUGUGCUGUUUAUCAAUUUCCAGCUGUGUUUUUCUAUUCACAGUUACAAUUUCAUGGGCAGAUAUGUUUUUAGAGGCAACAUUAUACGGAAGAAAUGAUUUAGGAUGUAAAGUGAGUUUUUUGAAGAUUUCUGGAUAUUUUGCUGAGGGUUUUCACGAAAUGUCUGGAAUUUUAUGACGAACUAUUAAUUAUUUUUUUGUCAUUUGUUUAUUGAGCAUUUUAUCUUUCUUCUCCCAUCAAAAUAUUUAUGUGAUAUCUUUGUUGUUGUUUGACGUAGAACACAUAUCUCUUGGGAGUCCUUUCCCCCCAAAAAACUGCUUUUCGGGUUAACAAAAACAUUUUUUGUAGCUCAUCACAUUCCUUGCUCAUUUUAGCGAUUUUGUCUGUGUUUGUAUGAUAAUUUUGAUAUCAUGCGAUCGUGCAAUUGUACUUUUUCGACCAAGUAAGAUCCUACUUAUCAUAUCUAAUUCAUUAAUAAACGUUACGUGUUUCAGGAGUUCGUCGACAUAUUUGUACAAAAAAAUUUGCGCGAAAUAUGACAAUUUGCACAUUAAUUCUAUCAUGUAUUCUUUACAGUUGGAUAUUUAUAUUCGCAGGUUUGGAAAGUACACAAAAUGGAGAUUGGUUCUGUGGACUCAACGAUAACACAAUAUUUGGGUAGGAUUUUUGAACAUUUUUGAGCCCAAAAUAGUUUUUUCAUCUAUGAACUUCUCAAAACAAUCCCAUGAGAAUCAUUAGUUCAUUCUUUCGAGUUCUUCAGAAAAAUACUAAAAAUAUAUGGGAGGGAUAAAUAGCAUCUUUAGUGAAAUGAAUUCUUUCUUUUUUCUGCAGAUGGGAUAUGAGGAAGCAUUAUUUUUAUUUUACACUAAUGGAUACUGUAAUCUGCACAAUUAUUCCGUCAAUUUUAAUAAUUGUUGUGAAUACAUUUUCAACUUAUCGUUAUCGACAAUGUAUGAAAGUAUAUUCAUCUGGAGUAUUGAGAGUUCGAUUUGUUCGCGCACCAACAACACAACAAAAAAUAGAACAACUUGAAAAUGAUGCUAUACAAGUUGUUAGUUUAAUUCCUAAUUCAAAUAUUAAUAUAAAGAGUAUAUUUUAGGAAGUAACAACUGUCAAAAAAUAUUUGCUAAGCUCUGAUACAACAAACAAUUCGACAAUUCCAUCAAGUUCAACUCAAUCUAGAAAUUGUGGUGGAAAAUUAAGAAGUUCGGAUUUACAACUCAGUCGAACUCUUAUUAUUGUUACCAGGUAAAAAUAAAGUAGGAACUAAAUUCAGACUCAAACAGAAAAAUAAAACUUAUCUGAUUCAGUGUGAAAAUUGAAAUGCAGUAGAUUUUCCGAGUUGAGAAACGAACUCCGAUCUGAAAUAUUUCGAAUAAAAAUAAUUAAUUUGAAAAAAAAAAAAAGAAUCCAGUAUAAAACGACUAUUUAUAAAAUAAUUUUCAAUUUUUAUGAGAUGUCAGUAAGGAAAUUAUUUCGAAAAUUUUUGAAAUUUACAGCACAUUUGUUUUGCUCAAUGUGCCAAGUUAUGCAAUGAGAAUAUUCCAAGAAGUGUUCAAUCCGAGUACUUCAUUAUUUUAUUUUAUAUUUUUCCUAACUUAUUUGCUGGCAUAUUUUCAUCAUGCAGUCCUUUUUUAUAUGUAUAUAUUCUGGAGGUUUGUUUCAAUUUCUGAGAAAUCAUCAAUUCAAUUCUAAAUUUCAGUCCACAAAUGAAGAAACAAUUAAAACCAACAGCAAUGCGGUUGUUAGAAUGUUAUUGCUUGAAAACUGUUCCCGAUUUUGGUCAUCGUUCAACUUCAACUCAAGCAUUCAACAACAACAAUAACAAUAACAACAAUAAUAAUUGUAAAAAAUGA